AUGUCAUCGGGAGAUCCACCUCGACCACCCCCAGUUGAUAAAGGGAAAGGUAUUGCAAAAACAAGAAAGAGACGUAAUAAUUAUAUGCUUCGGAUUCCACUCCGACCCAUCACCCCUACCCUGGGCUUACAUAUGCCAUCCUUAUCUUCCCCACCUCCACCCACAGGGUUACAUAACCCUACAUCUAUCUCGGCGUCUCAUAUGCCAUCCUCAUUUUCUCAACCUCCACCCAUAGGGUUGCAUACCCUUGUUGUUGCUCCCAGGCCCCCUUCUGUACCACCCUCACAUAUACCAUCCUCAUCUUCCUCAGCUCCACACACACUGGGUUACAUACCCCUUCUACAGACAUUGGAGCAUCCCCAUCACCUCAUAUUGUACCAUCCCCAGCCUCGAUUGGUGGCCCAUCUUCUGUCGUUUGUUCCAUAUAGAGUUGCUUCACAGGCUAUCACAAAGACAAUCAAGCAACAAUUUCUUAAUCUUUGGCCAUCAUGGGGAUCAAUACCUGAAAAAGACAAGGACAUUUUUUGGCAACGCUUCAAGAGAAAUUUCAACGGCAAAGCUUCUCAUCGUCUCUUUGAGCUAUUUAGAGAUGCUAGAAUGGGUAGAGAAAGGCUAGAAUGGAUUCCUAAUGAUGUGUGGACAAGGCUGCUAGAACAUUGGAAUUCUCCAAGUUAUCGAAGCAAAUGUAUUGCAACAAAAAAGAAUAGGGCUUCUGAAACAGGUGGAACCCUACAUAUAAGGGGAUCCAUUACCACUUACGAGUAUGCCCUUCGUAUGGCACAGGAAGAAUUUCAGACUAGGCUUUCUCAAGUCAUAUAUGAGGUUUCGUCAUGUGCUGAUGGAACACAAGAACAAUCCUCUGCUGAUCCUACACAGGAUGAUUCUAUCAGGACUAGGUGUUGGAUUGAGACAGUAAGAGGGAAAAAGAAAGGAAGACUUUAUGGGGUUGGUCAACUUGUUUCAAAAUAUACUGGUCCAAAUGAAAGUCUGAACCAACUACCAGCUUCUUUCUCUUCUAAUACUGAGGACCUCACUAAUAUUAGGCAGCAACUUUCACGCAGCCUGGAGGAAAAUGAGCAAUUGAGGUCUAAGUUUCAGUCCUUUCAAUCCCUAGUUCUGCAAUAUCUCACUCCUAAUGCUCAGGCUCGUCUUCAACAGCCACAACCACAACCACAGCCACAGCCACAACAGCCAAACCCUACUCAACAAAACUCUGAAAUCCCUCCACCUCAUUCUCAACAACAAAAUAAUGAAGAGGACGAUAAUCUAAAUGAAGAAUCUUCUCCUAAUUAUGAAGAUUAUUAG